CGAACUCACGACUGCAGCUCAGGACCUCAGGCCAACUUUUAUUUAUGAUUUUAUUUUCUGGAUAAAAGUGAAACUAAACCAUGAACGAGACUCAAGAGGAGACGAAGAGGAGCGGGCGAGGGCCCAGAGCCGACCACAGGGACCUCUCAGAUGUGGAGGGCGGCUGUGAGGAGCGACUCCGGGUCAGCAGAGCCACCAGUGACCCGCUCCACACCCACACCCAAGACCGGACCCAAGACCCAGACCAGGACCCGGACCAGAACCUGAGGAGGAAACCGGCUCUCGUCAGGUCCAAGACGUUUGACCCGUCGCUGCUCCGAGAAACUUCUGAGGCCGACCCGAAGAUCCAGAGGAAGAAGUCCCACUACAGCCAGCUCUCAAAGACAAACGGACACUAUCAUAAAAUAUUUAAAGAGAUCAGCAAAGAAGAGCAGCUGCAGCAGAGUUACACGUGUGCUCUGCAGAAGGACAUCUUGUACCAGGGCCGUAUGUUUGUGUCUGAACACUGGAUCUGCUUCCACUCCAAAGUCUUUGGCAAAGACACAAAGAUCGUGAUCCCUGUGGUUUCCAUCACAAACAUAAAGAAAACGAAGACGGCGCUGCUGCUGCCCAACGCUCUGGUCAUCGCCACCGCCAACGACCGGUACGUUUUCGUCUCGUUUCUGUCCAGAGACAACACCUACAAGUACCUCAUGUCCAUGUGUCUGCACCUCGAGGAGAAGAGUCCGUGCAGUAGUCCCGUCCCUUCGUCUGUGGACAGUAGUUUCCGGACGCCUCGCACGCCUCAGUCUCCACGUUUCCCUCUGGCCUUUUCUGGAGACUUUGUGGAGCCGAGGAGAGAAGAUCUGGAGGAGAGCAGCAGCUCAGACUCACAGACCCCAGACUACGACAAGAUCAACGAGUUCCCGGUUCCUGAGUUCCUUCUGACUCGUCCUGAAAAUCCUCCAACAGCCUGUGAGCCUCAAAAGAACCAAAGUCCACCACAAAACAUCUCAGAGAACAAACACCGAGUUUCAGAGGUGGUGUUGGACAGUCGGAGUCUGAAGUCCGUGUCUCUGAGUUUUCUGCUCUGUGUUUAUCUGCUGCUGGUGUGUGUGCUGUUGCUCUCCUCUUGUUAUCUUGCCUUUAAGAUCAUCUCUCUGGAGCAGAAACUCUCCACCCUGGAACCUCUGAGCCACUUCACCGAGACUCAGGACGUCCUCAGAGCGACUGCAGAACGAAACUCAGACCUGUUCUCAGAACUCAUCACCAUCAACCUCCUCAAACUGGAGAAGGUCCAGAGGAAUCUUCAGCGGUUACUGGAGGAGGCGUCGUGAGCUCAGACUCCUCCCCUUUAACACAGGCCACGCCCCUUUAAGAGUGAACAAACUGAAAGUGAAAAUGAAACUAAACUCAGGGUCUGGAGCUUUAAACAGAAGUGAGUGAAGAGGAGCUGCUGCCCCCUGGUGGACGUCGCUCUCACCACACCUGCACUUUUAUUUUAAUCCUGUUGCUUUGGUUUUGUUUUUGUGAUAAAAGUUUAAUGUGAAAUGACACAAAGACGAGAGUUUAGACAAAAUGUUUUAUGAAAAUGUAAAAAUAUAAAAUAUAAAUACGCACAAUGUACAGAGCAGUGUUACACACAAGAACCACACUUUUAUAUCCUCCUGUCCUGAACCUUCGUCAAGUCACCUCCGUCAAACGCACAACUACACAAAACUGUCAAUCGUUUGUGUUUCGUUUGUGCUGUGAAAAGCACAAAAUACAAAACACAAACAUUUGUAUCAUUUUUUUGUUGUUUUGAGGCUGUUUCACAUUCUGAGGGGCUGGACGACAUCAUUGACCAAAAAUAAAACUGUUCAUGUCUUAAAAACCAGAAUCGCACAAACUGAACUUUUUUAAGCACAAAUGAAACACAAAUGAUUGUCAGUUUU